CACUUCUCAAUCGAACGAGUUAACGGGUCCUCCUGAUGAGACGUAUACGCAAUGAAGCGCUUUAGGGGAUGUGGCUCGAACUCCGGCGUACUUAUAGGUUAGUCGCUGUUAGUUGCCUUUUGGCUGCUAAAUAACCGAGCGAUGUCACCGAGCUGACUGCAGCUCCUUGUUGUUGUUUUUUUUCCUCCCCUCCCUUUUGUUUGGUUCCAAUGCUUUCUCAGCGAGCCACAUUCCGCGCUGUAAUUCAUGUAGCUAAGAAGUGGCUGACAAUGUGAAAUGUAAAAGCAGUCGCGUUGCUUCGUUCUCUCACGCUCCUCCGCCUCCCCUCCCUCCUCCUCCUCCUGCUGCUGCUGCUGCUCCUCCGUCCGCCUCCUCCGCCUUCACGUGUCAUUCUCUUUAAAGCUGAGAGCAACGUACAGCGCAGCAAUUACCGAAGUCGCAAGACACGCACUUACAGACAACGGGGGGCAGUAGUGCUGGUUAUCGCCUGGCUCCUUCAGCCACGGCGCGGCUGCUAGGACUAAUUUACGAUCCCGUUCUUUUUCCGUGGGAGUGUGCGUCUACAGCUUUCAGCUUCUCGCCAGUCCAAGAUAGUAUACGUGCCGUCAGAGGAAAGGGGUAUUUGAGACAUUGUUGAAGAGCUAGGGUAGCAGGGGAAGUUGGAGCAAGGGCUUGUAGUGGCGGGGGGGGAAGUCUGCUGCUGGCGGAUGGGGUGUUGGAGGAGAUUCGCUCUCUUUCUCUCUGUCUGGUGGACCCGGCUUGGAUGUUGAGAGGCGACACAUGGCUUUGGAGAGAGCGUGGCCCCGUUGAGAGUGCAAUGGGGGCGAACGGCAGCAAACAGGACAGCGACACGGGCCGAGGAAGUUCCAGCAUCUCGUCGGACUUUAGUUCCAGCACAGACUUCACGCCCACCCGCAAGAGCAGAGAUUCGGGGUUGAGCUCCCAGGAUGCCAACCUGCCGUGCGGCGAGGGCGAUGACGAUUUCCCACUGCCCCCUCCGCUGCAAAUGAAACGCUCGCCACCCUCAAGCCCCGACGCCGCUCGGACGAGAGCGGCGGCCCAUCGGCACGCCCGGCCCGGCCGCCACCACCACCACCACCACCACGGCCACCGCGACGACGGCGACGACAACGCCCGCCAGGGCCGACCCGCCGACCGAUCGACCGACGCCGGCUCGGUGCCAUCCCCGUGCCGGCCCCUCUCGCCGAUGGCCGCGGACGCGCGCGGCACGCCCGUCCAGCGCGAGUGCCCCGUCUCCUCGCACUGCGAGCUGUACAGCAGCCUCGUGUCGUCGCAGGCGGGCGACGCGCAGCCUUUCCUUUCGCCCCACGAAUGCUCGCUCCUCUCCAAGGGAUACGGCCAGCGGCGAGCCGUUUCCCCGCACGCGAAUCUUGGCAGGCCGACGUCCCCGGUUAGCCAAGCGAGCGCCCGCGGGCAGCCGCCCGCCGGUUUCCAGAAGUCUUGCUUUCCUCCGUUUUGCGGCUCCCAGAUUUCAUUCCUGCCUCACCCCUACAGCCACCCGAGGUCAUAUUCUCCGAACACGUUUGGAUUUCAGAAGGCUCUCCUCCCCACAUCUGCGUCCGCUUAUCCGAAAACACCGCUGCAGCAUUCCGACGAGGGCGACAAACCGCCGACAGAUUUACAUCCCUCACUGUCGCCUCCAAACUGCCGUAACCUCCUCGCGGAGCAGCAAUCCGGCAGCCGACAUGCGCAGCGUCCAUCGCACUGCCAGGCCCAUUCAGCAAAUUGCAGCCAUCGAACACCGACACCCACCACUGACGUCGGCUAUCAAUCUCCCCCGGCUUCCAGCUCUCAUCAAGCCCCUCUGUCGCCCUGCGGUCCGCAGCAGGAGCUGCCCCCACCAGCGGUGCCUCGAUUGCCCCAUUGCAGGCAAUGCGCUCCAUCCCUCCGGUAUCUCAGCAGCGCCGGGCUCUCAUGCGGCCAGCAUCAGGCUCCGAAAUCGUCCCAAGCGCCGUCGGCGCGGCGGCCUCUGUCUCCGCCGGUGGGAAAUAACCACAGGCCGCUGUCUCCGGUUCCCCGAGAGCUUCGAAGUCACCUCGCAGAGCAGUCCGCCAGCCACGGAAGACCUCUGUCCCCGCCACCCAACGACAUCCGCGGGCCGUCUCCAGCGUCCACGAAACUGGGAGCCUUGGCACCACCUCCUCCCAUUCCCUGGAGACCUCUGUCGCCGCCUGCCAGCGGCAUCCACAGGUCGCUGUCUCCUCCAGCCUCCAACAAGCUCAGAUCGUUUUCUCCACCCCCGAGCAGACCCCGUCAAAGCGCGCUUUCGCCAGCGCGUUGCAGCCUUCGGCGGUCCAUGUCCCCCCCACCCCUGAGCAGCCACAGGCCGCUGUCGCCUUCUCCCCUCGACAAAAGAAGGCCGCUCACCCCGCCUCCGAUAAAUCAGCGCAAGUCGAGCCUGCACCCCCCCUCCAACCACCACCGGCUUCUGUUCCCACCGCCCUCGAGCCACCACAGGUCGCUGUCACCUCCUCCGCCUUUGCUUGAGAAAAACCACUCGCUUCAACCGUCGUCUUCCAGCAACGCCCGCCUCAAGUGCGGGCAGCCAGUCGGCCAGAGACUGUUUCCCACGAGGACGUUGAAGAAGCACAGGCCCUGUCCCCUGCACAGCUCCACGAGGCAGUCUCUCUCCCCUCAGCCGCUGAGCUCGCUGUCAUCCUCGCCCGUGUCCACGCGCUCCGCCGAUUCCCACUCAUCGCCGAGCUCUCACUCGUCCUCCGCGCAGCGAGAGCGAUCCGCGAGGGCCUUGCCGGAAAGAUGCCAGGAGCAUCGUGAGCAGCAACAUCAGCCGCCGCCGGAUCAUCAUCAUCAUCACCAGCAUCAGCGAGGCGUCGAUCUUCCCCAAAUGCACACGGCCCACGCGUGCGUUCCCGCCGAGCAGCAUCCAAACCAACGGGGGCAGGCACCGGCGGCGGUGGCGUGCGUCGGCGUCCGCAGGCCUGCGAGCGUCCCCGUCGAUCGCGAGAACGCCACGGCCGCGCUCGCCCUCGGCUUGAGCCGCCUGGAGCUCGAGGUGCCGCCGGCGCGGCCGACGAAGGGCGAGGCCGGCAAGAGAGCGCUCUCCAUCGAGAGCCUGCCCGACUGGCUGCUCCUGCGCGUGUUCGCGAACCUCGCGGCCGAGAGCCUGUGCAGGUGCGCGCGCGUCUGCCGACGCUGGUACCUGGUGGCGUGGGACCCGCGGCUCUGGAAGGCAGUGACGCUCGGGCCGUGGGACGGAGGGGAGCAGGAUGUGGAGCGGGCGCUGGACGCGCUGACGGCUCGGCUGUGCCGGGACACGCCGUACGUGUGUCUCACGCUCGAGUCUCUGGUGCUGAGCGGCUCGCCGGGGCUGGGCGACGCGGGACUGCUCACCGUGGCGCGUCGCUGCCCAGAGCUGCGGCGUCUCGAGGCGUCGGGCUGCCCCCGCAUCACCAACCACGGCAUCCUGGAGGUCGUGACGCGCUGCCCAAACCUCGAGCACCUCGACGUCUCUGACUGCCCGGAGAUCACGUGCGUGAGCCUGACGCCCGAGCCGUCGUGCCAGGCCUGCCCGCUGCACGGCCGCCACCUUCUCCUGCGCCACCUCGACAUGUCGGGCUGCUCGGCCCUCACGGACGAGGGCCUGCUCGCCGUGGCGCGCCACUGCCCGCGCCUCGCGCGCCUCUACGUGCGCCGCUGCGCCGGCGUCUCGGACGCGGGCCUGCGCGCCCUCGCGCGCCACUGCGGCGCGUCGCUGCGCGAGCUCAGCCUGUGCGACUGCGCCGACGCCACGGACGCGGGCCUCGGCGAGGUGGCCGCCGCCGCGGGCCCCCGCCUGCGCUACCUGAGCCUCGCCCACUGCGCCCGCGUCACCGACGCCGCCCUCCGCCACGUGGGCCGCCACUGCCCCGGCCUGCGCUACCUGAACGCGCGCGGCUGCGCGGGGGUCUCCGACCGGGGUCUCGAGGCGCUGGCGCGGGGCUGCCCGAGGCUCCGCAGCCUGGACGUGGGCCGCUGCCCGCUCGUGACGGACGCCGGGCUGGAGGCGCUCGCGCGGGGGUGCCCGGGAGUCAAGAGGCUGGGCCUCAGGGGCUGCGGGGCGGUGUCGGGCCGCGGGCUGAGCGCCGUGGCGCUGGGCUGCCGCGGGCUGCGGCUGCUCAGCGUGCAGGAGUGCGACGGCGUGGCGGCGGAGGCGCUGCGCUUCGUGCAGGCCCACUGCCCGCGAUGCCUGGUGGAGCACACCAACCCGGCCUCCUCCUGAACCCAAAGAGCGCUCCACGAGCUGCUGCCGCCUUCUCCUCCUGCUGCUCGAGCGCCAAUUUGUUUUUUAACUGGGCAACCGCCCACGAUGGAUGGAGCAAACGUUGCUAAAUUAAAAUGUAAAGGGUAGAGCGAUGGUGGGACAUUGAGAUUGUGCUCUGUUGUUGUUGUUGAUGACGUCGUAGUACUUUUUACGCGUUCAAAUCUGCAGUUUACACUUUUUGUCGUCCUCUGUUUUUUAUACUUGGUCACUGCAGGCAGUAUAUUACCUUAUUUGUUUUUUUUUGUAUAGGGAUGACCAAUUGGUUCCCUUUUUGUAUAUUAUCCAAACUUAAACGCUGUCGUAUUUUUGUCGCCUGAUUUUUGUUGCUGUACAUAUAAACAACACGCUUUUUUAAGUACAGGACAACGAAACGAUUUUACAUUGCAAUGUUCAGGUGGUAGAAGCAGAUACAUACUACGGACGCAAAUAUCACCUCGCAUUGAUUAUGCAAGACCUAAAAACAAGGCCAUCCCGGGCCGUAAUGUGGCACCAACAUAGAGGGCUCUGUCGCAUGCCUCGGGCUGCUAUAACCCGCCUCUGAACACCAUGCAGGGAGGCCUGAAGGCCACAGAAAACUCUGAAUUCUGGACAAUGAGGCACUGACAGAAAGGGCCUUGGGUUUGGUCCAACCUUCUUGUAGCGCAGGGAAGAAUCCUUGUGGCAUUGUCACUCUCAAGAGCCGGUCCCUACAGCAGGGAGUGCCGAGAACAGUGUUAUGGAGUGUCAGGAAAAAAUUGUAUUAUCAGGACCUGGGUAAUGAUCCGGAUGUUUUCUCAAGUUCCUUGACACAACUCAGACCGUAUACCCGUACAACACAAUGUAGAUAAACAUUCAUUCUCGAUUUGAAGUUUUCGUGACUGCAAGGAUCCAUACUCUUUGGUUCUUUCGGUAAAGGCACGUAGGCGAAAAAAUAAAUAAUAAAUAAAUAUAAAAACUCAUAUAAUUCAUCACGACGUUUUGAUUGCAACGAUCCAGAUUGCAACACAGUAAAAAAAAGCAUUGCUGUAGUUAUCACACCUGAUGAUGGUUGCUUGUGUUGCAAUCGAAACGUCGUGAUUUAUUUAUUUCUAUAAUUUUUGUAUAUUUAUUUUUUAUUUUUUCACCUACGUGACUUUACCGAAAGAACCAAAGAGUAUAGAUAAACAUUGUAAAGCUAAAUAAAAUUGCGUAAUAAUAAACUCUAAAAUGAACACCACUAAUAAAUUAAAUGUGCUCGGAAUGUCUGUGUGUCUUUUUACAUGUACGCUUCUGCCAGUGAAAACGACAAAUGUGUGUGUUUUUACGGGGAAUUAUGCUUUACGCACCACUGCCACCCAGUCCCUGGUUCCAGUGUCUGUUUUACUAAACCCCUGCUCAUUGGCGAUGGAAUGCACAGCGGACAACAGGUCCAGAGUGGCGCAUGGCAACGUGAACCCCCUGCAACAAAAACCGUAGCAAAAUGUCGAUGACACCACGGCAUCAUGGGCCACGCAGCACGGCCUCGUCGGUGGCGCAUUCGAUUCUUGUUGCAGACGUUCACGGUUCGAAUUCCAGCGUCCGCCCCGAUUAACACUGCGGGUGUAUUGACCGUGAAAAUACCGUGUGCUUCACGCUGGACGUUAAAAGAUAAUGUGACGCAUGUAUGUUGAACUUCUCUCGCACCGUACGUAGCCAGCCGUGCUUAUCGGAGGUGCGCGGGAAGGACAACAAAAUAAGCACAAAUGAGUUGUCAAUCUA